AACCAAUAUUAACAAUAGCGCCGCUGGCCCUUCUAGGAAGAAAACUUUCGACUUUCGAGUCUCCUACAGAAACAGCUUCUCGACAACACUCUCUCUCUACCUCCGACGAGCUACUUUCUCCGGCGACGACAAUGGUUCUCGAGGCGACUAUGAUAUGCAUUGACAAUUCCGAAUGGAUGCGCAACGGCGAUUACACUCCUUCCCGUUUCCAAGCGCAGGCCGAUGCCGUCAAUCUCAUCUGCGGCGCGAAAACUCAGUCGAAUCCGGAGAAUACGGUAGGGAUUCUGACGAUGGCUGGGAAAGGAGUGCGUGUUUUGACUACUCCCACCACUGAUCUUGGGAAGCUCCUAGCAUGUAUGCAUGGUACGGGUAAUGCUACUGAAACUUUGAGAACACCGGAAGUUUCUCAUUCUAGUUUCUCUACAGGUCUGGAAAUGGGAGGUGAAAUGAACAUUGCAUCUGCAAUCCAGAUUGCUCAAUUGGCUCUUAAGCAUCGUCAGAACAAGAAUCAGCGACAAAGGAUCAUAGUGUUCGCUGGAAGUCCAAUUAAAUACGAUAAGAAGAUGCUCGAGUCCAUUGGCAAGAAAUUGAAGAAGAGCAGUGUAUCUCUUGAUAUUGUUGAUUUUGGAGAAGAAGAUGAGGGGAAGCCUGAAAAAUUGGAGGCCCUCCUAACAGCUGUCAAUAACAAUGAUAGCAGCCAUAUAGUUCACAUUCCUCCUGGUCCAAAUGCCCUAUCUGAUGUUCUCAUCAGCACUCCUGUAUUCACUGGAGAUGGAGAAGGAGGAAGUGGCUUUGUGGCAGCUGGUCCAGUAGCUGUUAGUGACUUCGAUUUCGGCGUUGAUCCUAACAUCGAUCCUGAGCUGGCACUUGCCCUUAGAGUAUCCAUGGAAGAGGAGAGGGCAAGGCAAGAAGCUGCUGCUAAAAGGGCUGCCGAGGAAGGUUCAAGCCAAAACAAAGGGGAUGAACAAUCAUCCAAGUCGCAGGAUACAACAAUGGCUGACACCACUGGAGCAACGGCUGCGACUGAUGCUGCUGAACCGAUGAGUGAGGUGGAUGCAUUGCUACAGCAAGCCAUUGCCUUGUCGAUGCAAACUCCUGCAUCAGAUUCAGCUGUCCGUGACACUGAUAUGUCGGAGGCAAACAAUGAGGACCAGGACUUGGCAGCUGCGCUUCAAAUGUCCAUGCAGGAAGGUGAAAAGGAUUCAUCAGGUCAAAUGGACAUGAGUGAGGUGCUAGAGGAUCAAGCCUUUGUGUCAUCUGUCCUCGCAUCGCUUCCUGGUGUUGACCCCAACGACCCUUCCGUAAAAGAUCUGCUUGCAUCUUUGCAUGGCAAGUCCGAGUCUGCUGAUCAGAAGAAGGAUGAAGAAAAGGCACCAAAAGACGACGAGAAGUGAAGAAACAGGUGCUCGAUUAGUCUCAUUCAUCUCCCCUCAAAUCAACGUCUUCUACAUCCUGGGGCAUGGCAGCCAUGUAAACUUAUUUAUAUGCCUUUUCUAUCGUAUUCGAUCACCAGAUGGUAAAUUUGGAUUAGAAGGAUUGGCUGGGACUCUUUUGUUUCCCUUUUACGAUGCUAUAGUGAGUUCUCCCCUUGAACUUAUCAUCACUUCUAAUCUUGAUCUGUUUGAUUCACGUGGGAAUGAAAUGUGAAUGAACACUGAACAAACCCUGUCUCAAACAUGGUGUUUGCUUGCUUCCUCUGUUUUUGUAGUCUAGCUUAAGGUACACUACAUCGAAUAUCAUUGACAUGGUUGGUUAAUUUCACGUUUGCCAACAGAAGAUAGAAAAACAUUGACUGAGUUUAUCU